CCGCCCCCACGGUCAGGCCCGUAGUCUGCAGUGCUGUCGGCCUCUUCAAUGACUUCACAGUAUCAAGCUCAUCGUUUUAAAACAAUAACCGGCUUCCGGGGCGAAAACAUACAUCGAAGGGGGGUACCUCGCGUUGUCUGAAUACAAGGUGCUUCCACCAGUGCCUGCCGCCCUUGAUUCUGUAAGGACCUGAAGUAUGUACUCGUCUGCGGGCAUCUCCUCGCGGAUCCAGCACGAGCGUGAGCAGGCGCAGGGCAUGGGCUCCCAGCAGCAGGCCGUGCUGUUCCUGGGCCAGGACUUCCAGGCGCUCCGGCAGCAGUGUCUGGAGAACGGAACGCUGUUCGAGGACCCCUGCUUCCCCGCAGAACCGCACUCGCUGGGCUUCAAGGAGCUCGCGCCCCACUCCUCUAAGACCAGGGGCGUGGAGUGGGUGAGGCCGACGGAGCUGACAGACAACCCUCAGUUCAUCUUGGGUGGGGCCACACGCACAGACAUCUGCCAAGGGGCCUUAGGUGAUUGCUGGUUGUUGGCUGCGAUCGCCUCUCUAACUCUGCAGGAGAAGCUCCUGCACAGAGUGCUGCCGCACGGCCAGAGCUUCCAGGAGGACUACGCCGGGAUCUUCCACUUCCAGUUCUGGCAGUUUGGGGAGUGGGUGGACGUCGUCAUUGACGACCGUCUGCCCGUGAAGGACGGGGAGCUGAUGUUCGUACACUCGGCCGAGGGCAACGAGUUCUGGAGUGCGCUCGUCGAGAAGGCCUACGCCAAGGUGAAUGGCUCGUACGAGGCGCUGUCGGGCGGCUCCACCACUGAGGGCUUUGAGGACUUCACCGGGGGCGUGUCCGAGAUGUACGAGCUGAAGAAGGCUCCACGAGACCUGCACCGCAUCAUCAGCAAAGCCCUGGAGAGAGGCUCACUGCUGGGAUGCUCCAUCGACAUUACCAGUGCCUUUGAUAUGGAGGCCGUCACCUUCAAAAAGCUGGUGAAGGGACACGCCUACUCAGUAACCGGACUAAAACAGGUGGACUACCGGGGCCGAAUGGAGCGCCUGAUCCGCAUACGGAACCCCUGGGGGCAGGUGGAGUGGACCGGGGCCUGGAGUGACAACUCCUCUGAGUGGGAAUCUAUCGACCCUGCUGACCGAGAGGACAUGCACAGCCAUAUGGAGGACGGAGAGUUCUGGAUGGCGUUUGAUGAGUUCAAGCGUCAGUUCUCGCGGCUGGAGAUUUGUAACCUGACGCCGGACGCUCUGAGUGACGACAGCAUGAGCUUCUGGAACACCAUCAAGUUCCACGGCACCUGGAGACGCGGCAGCACAGCCGGAGGAUGCAGGAACAACCCCAACACGUUCUGGAUUAACCCGCAGUAUAAGAUCACUCUGCUGGAGGAGGACGAUGACCCGGAGGAUGACGAGGUGGCCUGCAGCCUCCUGGUGGCGCUCAUGCAGAAGGACCGACGCCGCUACAGGAAGCAGGGACAAGACAUGCACACCAUCGGGUUCGCUGUCUACGAGAUCCCUGAAGAGUUCCAUGGGUGUCCGAGCGUUCACAUGAAGAAGGACUUCUUCCUGCGCCACUCGUCGUGCGCGCGCUCCGAGACCUUCAUCAACUUGCGUGAGGUCAGCAACCGCAUCCGCCUGCCGCCGGGCGAGUACCUCAUCGUGCCGUCCACCUUCGAGCCCAGCAAGGAGGCCGACUUUGUGCUGCGCGUCUUCACUGAGAAGCAGUCAGACACUCAGGAAAUGGACGAUGACGUGACCUUCAACAUCGAAGAGGAGGAGGAGAUCUCAGAGGAGGACAUUGACGACUCCUUCAGGACCAUGUUUGCUCAGCUCUCUGGAGAGGACAUGGAGAUCUCCGUACGGGAGCUCAGGACCAUCCUCAACAGAGUCGUGUCCAAACACCGUGACCUGAAGACCGACGGCUUCAGCAUGGAGUCGUGUCGUGGGAUGAUCAGUCUCAUGGACAAAGACGGCAGUGCUCGCCUGGGCAUCGUGGAGUUCCAGAUCCUGUGGAACAAGAUCAGGAAGUGGCUGGGAAUCUUCAGGCAAUAUGACCUGGAUAAGUCUGGCGCUAUGAGCUCAUAUGAGAUGAGGAUGGCCAUGGAGAAUGCAGGCUUUAUGCUUAACAACAAGCUGACUCAGGUGCUGGUGGCCCGCUACGCUGAUAACGAGACCAUUGACUUUGACAACUUUGUGUGCUGCCUGGUCAAGCUGGAGGCCAUGUACAAGGCCUUCCGGGAGCUGGACAGGGAUGGCACAGGUGUGGCAGAGCUCAACCUGACCGAGUGGCUGUACAUGAGCAUGUGUGGCUGAAGGAGGAGACCAAGACGGCACCCAGAGACCCCCCAGAGGAGCUCUACACCCCCCUCUACCCCAACACCACCCACUGCGCUUACCCAACAAUAAAUACCCCCUCCCUUAAGUAGUGCCACCCUUGCCAUAUCUUCAACACAGAGUCCCCUCCCUGAAUCCCCUCCUAACCUAUUAAAUACUCCACGUCUCCACCAGAGGGCGCCCUACCUGCCCCCUGCUGCUUCUGCUCCACUGGAUGUCGCCCCCCUCAGGCCUGACUGACCUCCAGAGUCCUCCUGUCCAGUAGGGGGCACUGCUCUACUCGGAUACCAAAUACACACUGCCUUACUGCCCACCGCCGUCUCUCACUCUGUCAAUGUCUCUCCUUUUGCGCUUGGGUUUACAUCUCUCUCUCUCUCUCUCUCUCUCUCUCUCUCUAGCCAUCUCUCCGUUUUUAUUAUUCUUUUCAUCUUUUAAGCAUCUCUCAUUUGUCAUGGAGGUCUGUCCUUGAUGCCUUCCUUGUUUCAUCCAUGUUUUUAUUAGAGGGAGGGGCUAGGACAGAAAGAGAAGGAAGGGAGGAUUUCUAAAAAAAAGGGAAAUGAUAAUUACCUUUUGUCUUUCUCUCUCUCACACUCUCUCCAUCAUUGAGAGGAAGGUAAAUCUCUAGUGAGGCUGAAGCCUCCACCUUCACAGGAAUCGUCACCCUCUUUUUUCUUCAUUACUCUUCUAAUAAUAUUUUGAUCUAUUAUAUUUUUUAUUUGAUUUAAUCUUUAAACUGUAUUUAUCUCUCUCUCCCUCAUUAUAGAGGGAAACUGACUGUCAUCACAGUAGCCUUUCGCCUCCACUCACAGUACACAUAACUGACUUACACUGAACAGGCAAAUGCUAGUAGUGUAGCGUAGCAUCAACAGUGGCUAACCCCUCACCAUGGGGAGUUUGUGCAUAUGAAAAGGUGCCGGAGGUCCUAGUAGCCCCCCUGCAUGUCUUUUAGUAGCAUGAGAAUGUAUAGGAACCAGUAAGCUAAAUAGAUGCUUAGGAAGCAACGAUCAUAACAUCACAUGGUAGAAUUUCCCCAUUGUCGAGUUGCAGGUUUUUCUUUAUUGUCGUUCCUCUUCUUCAAGCUUUCUGUAAGCUCAGGCCGAGUUUGGUUUGCAUAAGACAAGCUUACACUCAAAUUGUAACAGAUGCUACCGUAGAAGUUUCUGAAGCAAGAGCAUGCAGUGGACAAGUGUGUUGUGUUGUGACUGACCGGAUAAGCAAGCUGAUAAAUAAGUGACUCCAAACAGCCAGCGAUGCUUGGUGAAUACUGCCCUGCACCACAAGGUGAUCAAGAGGGUGUUCAAAAUGUAUGGAGUCGUGACAAACCUCAAACAUGGGUUAUUUCAAUCGGAGUAAGUAGUUAUGAGCUCCCAUUAGAAGAGCCCUGAAAGCCUAAUAUAGCUUUGUAGCUCACAAAACCAACUAUUAUGGGGAUCUUGUUUCAGAAUCUUAAAACUUGCUUGGAGUUAACACAUUAAGGUUUGUCGCUAAAGCACGCAUUUGGGAUAAAGUAAGCAUUCCUUGGGAUCUUUGGCCUUAAUAUGUAUCUGUGGUCACUGUAAGGUAAGGAUUUAUAUCUGCCAAAUAAAGCCUACAUUGAAAAUGUGUCACUUUGGAAUAAGUGUGAGGAAAAGAUAUUUGGUGGAACAUUACAUACAAGUAGAGUCGUACUAUUAUUAUGCCAUUCUACCUACCUGCACUGUCAGAAUGAACUGCUGUGAUGGACUAACCUGCUGAGCAAAAAUUUUAAAUAAACCUGACACCAAACCCUGAA